AUGGCUAAUCAGAAGAAAAUAAUCGUUAUUGGGUUACAGAUACUAAUUGGCUUGUGCAUGUUUGUCUUAAGAUGCCGUGGCUCGGCUGCGAUACUUGAAACUAAGAAAUCUACGAAUGGAUUAUACACCUUAAAAGAACUAGCUGAUCGUAACUUUGUUUGGGCUCAAGACACACUGGAAAGAUAUUACAAAGGUUAUAUUGUACAUCCAGCUAGUGGUGAUAAGUUUAUUGAUUCGGGGUUCUAUGAAACGUUAGGGUUUAAGCCGGCAGUUUUGCCUCGGGUUAAGCAGAUAGCAUCUUAUUUGAAGGCGGUGUUUGAGGGAACUUGGAAUGCUUUUUCUAUCCCUCGGGACUUUGUUUGUGAUGUACCGGAUCUUCUUAUGCUUUAUAUGACCUUAACUCGACCAAUCAAUGGUUCUAAAUCCAAAAAGUAUGUCAUUCAUCCAGAUCAUGAGAGUCUAGUAGAAAACCUUGCCAAAUAUAUCUAUCUCUCCUCUUCUUCGGAAGAUAUUAAUCUGCUGGAAGAAGUAUUCUCAACCUAUGUGCUGAAGGAGGGUAGUAACCAAGCAUCGGAGAAGACAAGACAACACCUGCUUAUAUGCAAACCAACGCUUAUUUCUAACAAAAAUGAUCUUGAUCUUAUCUUUAACAGUCCUUUAAUUAACUAUAUUCAUCCACUUAAUUCUCAUCUUUACAUGUGUGGCUAUAACUAUCUCUAUGAUAGUGAAACGAAGACUUUCUUGGUGACUGAAACAGAGAAGAUUAGGCGUGGUAAUAAGCCUCUGGCCGGGAUGGUUCGUCGUGCUGGGUUUACUUUUGAUGAUGCUGUUCGUUUAAGACGUGCGACUAAUAAUCAAUACACCAUACUGUCUGAUGAUAUACGGAAUUAUCAUGGCUUUUUGCAUAAGUUAGGAGAUAAGAUUCAAAAUCCUAAUGCCUGUUUAGAGUUUAGAUUCGUGGUUCAAAGGUCAGUUGAGUUUGAUGUUUACAGAUCUGAUAUGGCAUUGAGAUCAAAAAUAUACUAA